ACUGUCGGAAGACAGUUGAAUCUCAACCGCUCCAGAGGUAGCAUCAGCAUCCUUCGGUCGGGAACACAAUCCGUGCACAAUCCAAAUCAAAUGUGCACUAUUGAAGUGAAGACUCAAUUUGUAAAUGCAAAAAAUAUGCAUCCUUCCAUCUGAUUGUGAUAAUCCAAUUUCGAGUAAUCUUCGUUAGCGAAUGUUGAGUGCGACGGAUAUUAUAAACACGUGUCUUUUAUCAGUUAAUUGUUCGAUUUGGGCCAGCGAAAACCGAAGGUGAAAAUGUCAGCCAGUUGUGAGAUUACCAUUACCAGCCCCCAGGAGGCAAACACCAAAAGCAGUCUGAUUGUGGUUUCCAAUCGGUUACCGUUCGUACUGAAGAGGGAUCCCAUCACCGGGAAACUGUGCCGUAAUGCCAGUGCCGGUGGUCUAGUAACGGCUGUAGCGCCCGUCGUCAUCAAGGGCAAAGGUCUCUGGGUUGGUUGGUCUGGUAUGACACUGAGUGAUGAGGAAUCAGACCAAAUUCCCGAAUCCGAUCCAUCCGAUCGAACUCCAACGGCGGGCCUUCUAUCAGAGCAGGUUGUUUCGGUCAACGUGGAACCGCAGGUGUUUGACAGUUAUUACAAUGGUUGCUGUAAUGGAACCUUCUGGCCACUGUUCCAUUCGAUGCCUGGACGGGCCAGAUUUUGCGCCAAUAACUGGCGCUCGUACUACACAAUUAAUAAGGAGUUUGCAGCGCGAACGAUCGAGGCAUUGGAAAAAUGUCUGAAGCAGAACAAAAACCCGGGUGUUCCUAUUAUCUGGAUCCACGAUUAUCAUCUAAUGCUAGCCGCCAACUGGGUCCGAGAAGCUGCCGACGAACGAAAUCUGCCGUGUCAUAUAGCUUUCUUUUUACAUAUUCCUUUCCCACCGUGGGACAUUUUCCGCUUGUUCCCUUGGUCCGAUGAAAUUCUGCAAGGAAUGCUCGCUUGCGAUAUGGUGGGAUUCCACAUUCAGGAUUACUGUUUGAACUUUGUCGAUUGCUGCCAGAGAAACCUUGGAUGCCGUGUUGAUCGUAAGAAUCUACUGGUAGAACAUGGAGGUCGAUCCGUACGGAUUCGACCUCUGCCAAUUGGAAUACCUUUCGAAAGGUUUGUAGAACUGGCGGAGAAAGCUAAGCGAGUCAUUAGAACCAAGCAAAAGAUUAUCCUCGGCGUAGAUAGAUUGGACUACACCAAAGGGUUGGUCAACCGUUUGAAAGCAUUCGAAGUACUUCUGGAGAAACAUCCAGAGCAUCGUGAGAAUGUUAGUUUACUGCAGAUUGCAGUUCCAUCACGAACCGAUGUCAAGGAAUACCAAGAAUUGAAAGAAGAAAUGGAUCAGCUGGUCGGACGAAUAAACGGUCGCUUUACAACGGCAAAUUGGUCCCCAAUUCGGUAUAUUUUCGGAUGUGUUGGUCAAGAGGAUCUUGCUGCCUUCUAUCGGGAAGCCGCAGUGUGUCUCGUCACUCCGCUUCGGGAUGGUAUGAAUCUGGUCGCAAAAGAGUUCGUCGCCUGUCAGAUCAACGAACCACCCGGAGUAUUGAUCGUUUCGCCAUUCGCCGGUGCUGGCGAGACAAUGCACGAGGCCUUACUGUGCAAUCCAUAUGAAAUCGAAUCGGCCGCCAAGGUUAUACACCGAGCGUUGACCAUGCCGGAGGACGAACGAUCCCUGCGAAUGGCGCGCUUGAGACGGCGCGAAAUGCAACAAGAUGUCAACAGCUGGAUGCGACAGUUUUUGAAGGCCAUGGACUCUCUGGAUGAGGAUGAUAUCGGAACGACUACAAUGCAACCGGUCACCGUAGAUGACUUCGACGAAUAUCUUCUUAACUACGUUGGAUACAACCACAAACUGGCUCUGCUGUUAGAUUACGACGGAACCCUGGCUCCGAUAGCGCCACACCCGGAUCUAGCCACUCUGCCACCGGAAACCAAAAAUGUACUGCAGCGACUAUCGAACCAUUCCGAUGUGUACAUAGCCGUUAUCUCCGGUCGUAAUGUGGAGAACGUAAAGAAAAUGGUCGGCAUCGAAGGAAUUACCUACGCUGGAAACCAUGGGUUGGAGAUUCUACAUCCAGAUGGCAGCAAGUUCAUUCACCCAAUGCCGAUAGAAUACGAGGAUAAAGUGAUGGCCCUGCUCAAGUCUCUACAGGAAGAGGUCUGUCAUGAUGGGGCCUGGGUGGAGAAUAAGGGAGCGUUACUGACAUUCCAUUACCGAGAAACACCAGUAGAACUGAGAACGGAACUGGUCGAAAAAGCUCGUCAGUUGAUCAUUCAGAAUGGGUUCAGAGCUACCGAAGCGCAUUGUGCGUUGGAGGCGAAACCUCCGGUUCAGUGGAACAAAGGUCGCGCCUCGAUUUACAUCCUUCGAACGGCAUUUGGUGUCGACUGGAGUGAACGCAUCAAAAUCAUCUACGCUGGCGACGAUGUGACUGAUGAGGACGCUAUGAUGGCUCUCAAAGGUAUGGCUGCCACGUUUCGUAUCACCAAUGCACAAAUCGUCAAAACAUCUGCCGAGCGUCGUCUUCCGUCAACGGAUUCGGUCCUAACAAUGCUCAAGUGGGUAGAGAAGCAUUUCAUGCGCCGCAAGCCCCGCUCCAAUAGUCUAACUUACAAAAAUCGCAAACGAGAUUGCGUCAAGAUGCAACUGGCCUUCGAUCUGGUACCGAAUACGAGUCCGGCUAACAGUGCAGCCAAUAGCUCCGACGAGCGAGACUAGGAUAGGAUAGUAAGGUACCAUAGUUAAGAUUUGCGUUUAAGUUAGGAAGAAAAAAUGUCCCUGUGCACGUUAAAUGUGGUUUUACCGGUGCGUUAUUGUUUUGAAAUGUUCAAAUUUGUCUGGUAAUGCAGUUUAGAUAAAUUUUAGGUAUAGGCAUACCAA